AUGUCGUCGACUAGUAAUAUUCACGCAUCCGAAACUUUCACAGUCAAAGGGAAGACCCUUCAAGAAGCACUCGAAGAGUUAGCUAUGGCGUUGCCUAUGAUACUGGCGCUCACAAUCGCCCCUGCCCUAUUGGGAACGCAGGAGGCGAUUCGCCAAAGUCAAUCCAAGAACAAGCGAGAAGAGCACCGUUCUCGUCGCUGUAAUAUGGUGGUAUCAUGUGUCAAACAAUCUAUCCGAAGUCGGGACAUAGAUGGCAAGCUCGUCGUAUUAAAAGACAACAAGCUAUACAUCACCACCAGUACACCAUCGGUUGAAGAGGGCCAACCCACUGCCUCUGGUAGCGGGUAUCCAUUCUCAGGAUACUACUUACCAUACCCCGACAAGCCAUACGAGGGUCUCGUCAGCACUAUUAGCGAUGACCCUCCCAUGUUAAACUGGAUCUACGUCGACAAAGACACAUACGAGUUAAAGUAUGGAGUUCGUGCUGAUGCGCAACCACACAUCACUGGGCCCUUCGAUUGCACCCGGCAGGACCGGCGCAUGACAUUAGAAAAGUGGGAGGGCUUCGUCGCGGUCGAGGAGUUCCCCGGAAUAUGGGCUCUCUACUUCGACCGCGACGACGAUGGCCUCGUCACCAAGGUUCCCAUGGGAACCAGAGUGCUCGAGGUGGAGCUGACGCGGCGCGAGAAGAAGGAGCGCAAGCCCGAGCCAGACCCGAACCAGCCGCAGACGCUAGACGAGAAGAUGAAGCAGCACAAGGAGCAGACUCAACGGGAAGAGGAGGAGAGGCAAGAGAUGCUGAAUCAACAGCAGCAAGCCGAGGCGGAGGCUCAACCAACUCCUACGGCAGAAUCACAAGAACAACAGAAUGAGGCAGAUCCGUCUUUAAGCCAAACUGCGGAAAUUGAGGACAGGACUCUUAACCUAGACAAACUGAAGCUCCAGCCAGAGACUCUCGCGGCGCAGCCGUCAGGUGCGUUUCUCCACUCGCCAAGCGUAGCCACGGACAACGUUUCAUUCUGGUCAGCAGCGAGGAAAGCAGACGGGCUCAGCGACACCGCAUCUGUCACGGCAGCUAGCUCUAUUGCAGAUCGACUCGAUAUUUUAGAUGAAGCGAACGGCGAGGUAGGAGAAAAUGCUGGAGGAUAUAUGAAGCCUUACGUGGAAGAUGACCCUACGCCGGAAAGGGAAGUGGAUGAUGUAAAUAAUAGUACCUAG